GCUGUUGACGGAUUUUAAUGUCGCGGUUUGCGGCCAUUUUCUGAACUGUGUAGUUCUAGUUAAAUAAGUUUUAUGUUAUGUUUUUAAUGCGAUAUAUAAUAAAAAAUGUAUUGAUAUGUAAAGGAAAUUACAGUUCGAAGUGUUAUCCUGUGGCUGUAAACAGGAAUAUUGAUUAUAUUAAAGAUUAAUCUAAGUUUGAUGCUUCUUGCUUUAGUCUAACUUUUAUUGUAUAUAUAUUUUGUUGCAUCCGAAAAAACUAUGUCUAACGUUAGCUAUGAUCUUGAUACAUCCGGCGGACUUAUGCCGCUUAUAAGAGCACUAAUUAAGCCGCCCGACGAAGAUUUAAAUGCUUCGAAACCUAAAAAACCUCAGCAUCCAUAUUAUAAGCGGCCUGGUAAAGGCCACAACCACGACUCAUGCGACGCGUGUCGGGAAGGUGGCGAUUUGAUUUGUUGUGAUCGUUGCCCGGCUAGCUUCCAUCUUGGCUGCUAUGAUCCGCCGCUCGAGGAAAAUGAUAUCCCUGCUGGGUCGUGGCUGUGUCGGGAGUGUAAGGCCGGUGACGAGAAGCAGGGUGUUGUACGCUCGAUUAGGGUGCUGUCACCAACGGAAAAGACAGAAGGAGAGAAGAAAUCUAGAUCUCUUCGUAACAGUCGUACAAACUCGCUCAAUAAGAAGAAAGUCAAAGAUGACAACAAAGAAAAGGAAAAAGAGAAGGAAAAUGAAGAAGUGAAGGAGAAAGAGAAGGAGCCGGAGCCGGGGAAGGAGUUAUCACCGAUGGAGAUACUUGUCAAAGCGGCCAAGGUCAUGAACCCUAAACAGUUUGAGCUGCCCAGGGAGAUGAAGAUCCCGUGUAACUUUCCCGGCACCGAGAAAGAUGGUAAAUCCUCGAGUGGUAUAGUGACUGUGGACGCGUGGGGAUGUGUGCCGCUCCCGGCCCGCUCGUGUUUCGUUUGUCGCGGAACCUGCAAGAUGGCGCCACUGCUGCAGUGUGACUACUGCCCUUUAUUAUUCCAUCAGGACUGUCUCGAGCCACCGCUGACAUCAUUACCCACAGGCAGGUGGAUGUGUCCCAAUCAUGUUGAGCAGUAUAUAGAUUGGAAACUGGUCAGUUCAAUAUCAGCGACCGAGCGUGCGGCGCUGUGGGAUAAAUUCAACGAGCCGGUGGAUCAAGACGCCAUCAAAUGCGCCUUCAUACGACGCGCGAGGACAUACAGACCGGCCUUCCGUAUAAAGGUGCCGUUGUCCAGUCGAGGUAGAGUCGUUGUACCGAGCAUGGUGAGAGCUCACUACAGUCGACCGCCGCCUCUACUGCCAUCUAGAAGGGACUACGUUCGCUGCACUAACGUCAUCAGGAAGCUCAAAUCUGGCGGCGACUACUGUGACUCUGAAGGUGAGGCGCCCUACAAGAUAUGUAUGAACCUGAGCUGUCCUCAGUACAGCGGGGGUGAAUGCCCUCUGGAUACGCCCAAAUUGAAGGGCGCCACUAACGAGGACGCCGACGAAGAUCUCAAGGAAAUAGAAGACAGGCAGAAGGUGACGGCUGCAGAAUCUAAUAAUCAGAGGAACAACGCGUCGGACGCCAGCGACAUCGACUGCGACCUGGAGAAGAUUACGGUGAAGAAGCGCAAGGUUUCCUCGGAGAUUGCUUCUAAUAAGAGAAUGAAGCUGGAGAAGUUGCAGCUGAAGGAGGAGGAGGGAGUGCAGGAACUUUUGGACGCCGUAGAGGAACAGCUGGAACAGAUCGAUGACCGGCUGGUGAAACUGCUGGCCUGGCAGAGGUUGCAGCAGAUAGCUGCUGGCGAGGCUGUUUCCGGUCGUUGGCGGCACGCGCCCCCCCCUGGUCAGGUGGGCAGGGCUGCUAUCGCUCUCAGCUCCGCCUCCCGAGCCUCGCUGGCUAAGCUGGGGGUGAAGACGGUACCCUUACCGUCCGACCUUCUGGCCCGGGAGGACAGGGACCGGAUCGCCCGGCUCGUGUUUGGCGCCGCACCCGCCCCGCCCCCCGAACCCGCACCCCGUGACCGGCUCGCCAACUCUCUGGUCAGGGCUGUUCUCUGUCAUGUGAAGUCGUUAGACGGCGAGGGUAACUCCACACUAAGCUCCACGGUCGCCAUGCGCGGCUCGUCGUUGGUAGCUGGCGUGGACAGCGCCUGCGACCUCCGGCUGGACCCCGUGUGCUGCAAGGUGUCCGAGAUACAUGCCAGGAUAUUCAGCGACGAGGUAACCGGUCACUUCGAACUGAUCAACUACUCGGAGUGGGGUACGCGAGUGAACGGAGUUGUAUACGCCGCGGACGUGUCACAGACACGCGGCCAGGAAGAGGAUGACAGGGCGGAGGCUCUCAGGGAUAUAGUGAGGUCGAGGGGGGUGAAGCUGCCGCGCAUUUCCGGUCCACUGACGGAGGCAGCUUCCGGCGGCAGGUGCUCCUGUUCGUGGAAGGGCGCAGCGCCCGGCGAGGGCGGCGCCUGGGAAGGUUCGGCACUGUUACCACACGGAGCCCUAAUACAGUUUGGCUGUCAGAUGUACGUGUUCAGUAUAACAGACCACAAGACUUCCUAAGCGCUGUUCACCAUAGAAAAAUAUGAUAUGUUAUAAAAGUGACAAUUACUGUAAGUAGGGGGAGACUUUGAGAUGAUUCAAUAUAAGGCUUAGUAUACAUUAAUAGUAAGGAGUAGCGUGUCACCCGAUCUCAAUGUCAUUGUGAGAUACACACGUGUUGAGAUAUUGAUGUGUCUUAUAGAAUAGAAUAGGUUUUAUGUUAAAGUGGUAGUUUUUCAAUAAUUUUCAUAUUAAUGUAAUGGCCACUACAUUGUAGUUUUUUUUGAAUUCCUAUCAAAAUGUUGUACUCCUUGGGAUAGUUAAAUAGUUUUUUGCACAUGAGAGCCUAAUUUCAAAUGUGUUCAAAAAAAUUCAUCAUAUUUUGAAAAAUGUUGAAGUACGUGUGUAAGAAAUGAUAUCUCUCAUUUAAACGCGACGUAACUUGCAGGUUAUUUUUUUUUAUUAACUAUUAGACGUAUGGUAGUCUACAAUAAUUAGUUUUCUAACUAAGUAUCUGUCUCAUAGAAUACAACAUCAGAGUUUUGAAACUUAAAAAAUAGUAAGGCGUCCCAAAUCCCAAUUAAGUAAGAAGUGGGGAUACAAAAAAAAAAAUAUUUAAAAUAUAGUUAGAAGAUUAAACAAAAAAUAACAAAAUAAGCUCAAUUGAAACAAAAACUUUCCAAACAGAAACGAUUAGUUAUUUUGUCCCUCGCGUUUUUAUUCUCCUCCAAGUUUAAAUCUAGGGCAGGACCAAAACCGUUCGCGUCAUCCCCGGAGUGGAGACCUCGUGAACAGAAAAAUGUAAAAAAUUUCUAGCCUCAGCUGGAAUCUUCAAGACUUUGUUUGAAGUCUUUGGUUUUAGCUUUAGGACAUAAAACUGUCAAAGUGGUAACAGAACGUCGUGAUGACGUCAUUGUGAGUGUAUUUUUUUUGGACAGUCCCAAUUUAUUCCGUUGUAAGUGUCAUAAUCUUGAUUGUCGUCAGCUCCGCCCCACCUGAUGUCUUUAUUCUGGUCUGUAUGUCUAUUUUCUUGUAUAUCUCGAUUUGUUCCUCUCAUUUCCAUCGUCUGUGUUCGCUACAUCUCCAGUAAUUGGUUUCGGGUAAAGUGUGUUAGUAUCGAUAUAGCUCGGACAUUGCCGUGUGAUCGUUGUGCUACCAAGCUCCUAGUUUUCCUGUCAACGUUAGAUGACUGUCCCUUGGACGCUCACUUGUUUACUGACGUAUCCCUUGUUACUGUCGUAGAUUUUUUGCUCUGAUGCGUCAUCAGUAGAACAAUCCGUUAUAAAUCUUCGCCAGAUAAAGGUUUGAUAGCUAAGUCGAGUUCAUCAUCACAAAUUGAUGGAACUGCUUUCAGAACUGCCGUUCUGGUAUUAAUUUCCUUAUUUUGCUCUCCUGCUCCUUGCCUUCGGUCAUCUUCCCUAAGCGAAGCUGCAACCAGCCGUCUUGUCCGUUGUUGUCGAAUCGACAGAAAUAGUAAAUUAUGAUAAGGUAAAUAUUAAAAAUGUUUUUGUUCCCCUAAAGCUAGAUUUGUGUAGAGCUUAUUCUACGGUUUUUUUUUUAGAAAUUUAAAUUUUGGUUUUCGUUUUAAUGAGGGAGACAAUGUUUUUUUAUUGCAAUCUGUAGUUCUGCACUUUCUUGGCCUUAAAUUACGUGUAAGAUAAAAAAAAAAACUAUAUACUUUCGGUAAAACAGUAAACAAGCUAAUUUGACUUAGUAUGAAUACGUUCUUUAUAAACGUUCUAGCCCUUUUCAAUAUUAAGUAAAAAGUUUUAGCUCCCUCAGCAUAUAAUUUAACGUUUCUACCUGCUGUGGUUGAACUAGCAACAACGUAGCAAUUAUUUUUCAAUAAACGAUUAAGUCAAUCUUCCGGCAAAAAAAAAAAAAAACGAAAAAAUUAAUGUUCUCCAAUAUGAAAACUUAUUUGAAUUAAUACGCGACAUCAAUCUUUUGCAUUUCAGAGAGAGUAUUAAAGUCUCUCACCAAAACAAAACCUAAAUCACCUAACAUGAGACUUUAAAAUGACUCGAAACACUCACCUCGUUAUAUUUUACACGUCACUUUGAACGAUGGCGAGUUACUUGUUAUCUGCUGGUGUUUUAAGGAAAAUCACUCAUGAUUGAGGUUUUUUUUGCGAACCCGCUUCGAAUACAAGACUUCCGGCGGACGUCCGUCUUAAAUGUUUGCAAUAACAUGUUACUAUGCUCCACAAAGUGCUUUAGAGAAAUGACAGAUGGCGCGCGGCGACUUGUCAGUACAUUUAACGAAUCUAAUAUAACGUCCUGUUGGAAAAUUAAUGUCAUUGACGUGUUUUUUUUUAUGGAUCUCUAGCAAACCGAUGGUUCAGAACAUAUAACAUUAUUCCAGCGGUAUAAGAAGGUCCGAUUGUUUUUUUUUUGGGUCGACAUGUUAUUGCUUAUUAUCGUCGUACAUAAAUGUUCCAGCCAUUCAGUUCUCUUCUUAAGUUGUAUCCGAGACACCGCCUUGGAACUUGUACAAAUAGUUUUUGUCGAUACAGCGAAGUCUUCGGAAGUAUUAUAAGAAAUCUAAUCUAUGUUUCUCGAUAGCCUUGGUUAAGUAUUGGCUAACAUUAUUAUAAGUAAUAUUUCAUUGCUUACAACAUUAAGUGGCAUGUUAAGUUUAGGGUGAUCGAUGUUGGAAAAUUGUUUUACUAUUGUCUCUGCCUUCACGUGUGAAUGUACGAAAUAAAGUUUUUUCAAAUGUCCAA